UUUGAAAAAAAAUUAAACAGAGCGCAGAUGGACCCGCCCUUUAAAUCAGCCAAUAUUAUUACAUAACAACGUGUCAAAUGAUAAGGUGAAAACAAUGCAAUAAUAUACACAUAUUUUUAUUUUUAUCUUGCCUACCACCUUGCACAAUAGCCAACUGAAAAGAAAAACAAGUUUUCACCUUUAAUCUUCCACCUGCUUUCCAGCCCACUGAACAAUUCCAUAUUCUGGCGCAUGUGUCUGGGGAAGCACCACAUGAACUCCUCCAUGGACGUUCCCUCGGCACAGGAAUGCUAUAAGGUGGACGGUAUCAUCCGCCAUGAGGGGUUCGUGUAUGAGCAAGAUCGCACUGACAUCACCAAUGACAUAGCCCUGGUGCAUUUGGCUAAACCCGUCAAUAUGACGAGGGAGAUCAGCCCCAUCUGCCUGCCCAAACCUGGGACUGUGAUGCCUGGUGGGACGCCCUGCUUCGUCACCGGCUGGGGAGACGAGAAAGGUAACCUGUUCCCCAGAGUGUCAGAAAAGCUGAAUCAGGCCGCCCUUCCUGUUAUUGACUUCCAGACCUGCAGUAAGCCUGCUUACUGGUGGGACACCCUCAGACCCUCCAUGAUCUGUGCUGGUUAUGGGUCCCCAGAUGAGCUCAAGUCAGCCUGCCAGGGCGACUCUGGAGGUCCUUUUGCCUGCGUGGCCGCCGGAAUGAACACGACCUGGGAGGUGCACGGCGUCGUCAGUUUCGGACCUCAAGGCUGCAUCAAAGACAAGAAACCCUCAGUAUUCACCCGUGUCUCUGCCUUCAGUGACUGGAUCAGCAACAACAUCAAGAAGUUUAUAUAUGAAAGUGGCAAAACCCACUAA